CCCUGGAAUAUGCGAGGACAAGAUCUGCUGGCAACUUUUUCAGAGAUGCAACACACACCUCUUAACUAUACAUACCUAGUUACGACUUAAAUGGACGGGAACUCUCAACUCGAGUACGGACUUGCCGAAACAGCAGCAAACAUAGGAAUUGCAAUUAUUGCAAGGCAGGCAGCAUACAUAAUAACUGAUCCAGGAGAUUGAAACGCCGCACUGCACUGUCGCAAACCAGGCCCGUCAGCACGCAAUCGCGGACUGGCGGUGAAUCUGCUGCACCUUAAUAACUUAUUAUUAUCAACUGGACAGGACUCAAUUUUUUGAUCCACGGAAAUAAUCUAGUUGAGCGCAAAAUAAUAGCCCAGCCAUCUUUCGGUCCCAUGACUCCCAUCUAUGUGGGACGGUUUUGCUCUGGAUGAUUGAAGAGCAAUUACGCAGCGUAUGGGAAAAAGUUUCCCCACAUUCACAUCCGACUCUUGUUCUUGUACUAGAAAAAUGUGUGGCCUCCAGUUUUGGUUCAUAAAUGGCGAAACCUGGCCACCGGGAAGAUUUUUCUUCUACUUCUUUACUCUCUUUUCCUUUCAUUCUCUCUUUUCCUCCAAGAAGCGUAGGUUCAUAUCACCUACCUCUAUUUAAUUAUAAUACUUCAAAGCCCUGCCUCAUUCGUUCUAUCUGCUCCCUAUUCCCGUCACAUCAUUAUCCAAGAAAGUCAAUCACUGUUAAAAAGAAAGGCACGCGACACAUCUCUCAUCAUGACUGACCGCAAGAAACCAAACAUUCUCUACAUCAUGGCGGACCAGAUGGCCGCUCCUCUUCUUUCCCUAUACGACAAAAACUCCCCGAUAAAGACACCCAACCUUGACCGUCUCGCGCGUGAAGGCGUCUGCUUCGAAUCUGCAUACUGCAAUUCGCCACUUUGUGCCCCAUCUCGCUUCACCAUGGUGACUGGGCAGUUACCAUCUAAGAUCGGAGGCUAUGACAAUGCAAGCGACUUGUCAGCGGAUACCCCUACUUACGCACACUACUUGCGCAAGGAGGGGUACCAUACUGCGCUGGCGGGGAAAAUGCAUUUCGCGGGACCGGAUCAGUUGCAUGGAUACGAGCAACGCCUGACGAGCGAUAUAUACCCAGGAGAUUAUGGAUGGACCGUUAAUUGGGAUGAGCCUGAGGUUCGCCCGGAUUGGUACCACGACAUGUCCUCGGUGAUGCAAGCUGGACCCUGCGUCCGCACAAAUCAGCUUGAUUACGACGAUGAGGUGAUUUACAAGUCAACCCAAUAUCUGUAUGACCACGCUCGCCACCGGCGUGACCAGCCGUUUUGCCUCACGGUUUCCAUGACCCACCCUCACGACCCAUACGCCAUGACUAAGGAGUACUGGGACCUAUACGAAGAUGUGGAAAUCCCUCUUCCCAAAACCUCAGCCCUACCACACGACAAGCAGGACCCACACUCCCAGCGGGUGCUAAAGUGCAUUGAUCUCCUCGGCAAGGAAAUCCCCGAAGAGCGCAUUCUAGCUGCGCGCCGAGCAUAUUUCGCCGCCUGCUCAUAUGUGGAUGCGCAGGUUGGCAAGUUGAUGGCAACCCUGAAGGCUUGCGAGCUUGAUGAUAACACGAUCGUCGUCUUCACGGGCGACCACGGUGACAUGCUUGGUGAGCGGGGCCUGUGGUAUAAGAUGGUAUGGUACGAACAUGCCGCUCGAGUGCCAAUGUUUGUCCACGCGCCGGGCCGCUACAAGCCAAGGCGCGUCAAGGAGAACGUCUCCACCAUGGAUUUACUCCCUACCUUCGUAGCAAUGACCGGUGGCGAAAUGAACACCGAUCUCCCCAUUGACGGCGUCUCGCUGAUGCCCUACAUCCUUGACGAGGGCUCGCCCGAGGCAGUUUCCGGCGUGAAAACCGACACCGUUAUCGGCGAGUACAUGGCUGAAGGUACCCUCGCGCCGGUUGUUAUGAUCCGGCGGGGUCCAUGGAAGUUCGUAUACUCACCCAUCGAUCCGCCAAUGCUCUAUAACGUUGAGAACGACCCAACCGAGUCAAACAAUCUUGCGGCUGGUCUUGAAAUACCAACAACAAAGCCGCAACUCGAAAAGUCUCUCCCAACAGGACCUGCUGCACCACCAACACCGCGUGUUUCGCCACUACCAGACACGCUCAACGUCCCCUUCUUCUCCAACCACAAGGUCAACCCAGCACAGGUCCUGACACCUCCACGUACACCAACCCCAAGCGCUACCCCCGCGGGCGGGCUCACCAGCCCAUCCCAAACCGACAUCCAAGCAAUCCUCUCCGCCUUCAUCUCCGAAGCCCAUUCGCGCUGGGACUUCGAAGCACUGCGGGCGCAGGUUCUGCACUCACAGCGGCGCCGACGGCUUGUCUACUCAGCCUUAGUGAAGGGGCAGUUCACGCCAUGGGAUUACUCGCCCGUCACCGAUGGCAGUGCGCAGUUUAUCCGCAACAAUGGCAAGGGGGCGUUGGGAGAUGUCGAGCUGCUCAGCAGGUACCCGCGCGUUAUGCAGUGGGGUGGAAACGGGGCCCGGAACGGCGUGUAGAGAAGACGCCUUGGAGGGAAGGUUUUGGGGGGGGAUAAGGUGGUGAGUUUUAAGUGAGUGUGCGGUUUUUAUGUGUUGGAGCGUAUUUUAUAUAUCUCACUAUAUAUAUUGUUCGAAAAUCGAACUCUACGAACGACGCCCGCCUAGUUUGCCAGAAAAGCCAAGGGAACCCGACAAAAAGGAAACGAAGAACGAAAAAUGGAAAAGAUACGAGGCCUAGAGCCCAUCUCAGGUUGGUGGACGAGGUGAUAGUGAUAUGAUACAUAUCAGACAAGUUGGUCUAUGAGGAUAUGAGGCCAGGGUUUCUAGGUACGUACAAAAGACCUUUGUUCAUAAAAACAAAAAUCACCAUCACGUCUCAUCCCCGGGUAACUGUAUCGUAUAUAUAUGGGCCAUUCCAUAUAUGCCGUACGUAUGUGUGUUUGUUUAUUUACAACACCACGGGAAAGCAUACCCCCGCGCCCGUACAAACAAGGUGGGGGAAAGGGGAUCGAUGAGAUAAGAGACUGUUUUCCUGUGUAGUCUGACAACAUAUAUAUAUAUAUAUAUAUAUACAUUGAUAUAUAUAGCUAUUUACAUAUACAUGUCCUGCACGUGUAUAUGUAUAAAAACACGCGUCUCGAUAAUAUGACUAACGGAAUAGACAAGUGUAGCGAUUUGAGGUAUAGAUAAACUAUAUACAUAUAUAUAUUCGUAUAUUAUGAUUUGAACCGGGAGGAAAUAACGAAAGAUUGAACCCGGAUCAAACCCUCCCCUAACGAAAUUGAACAGAAAGCUUCUCCAUUGACUUUUUAUUUUCCUUCUCUAACAUGCUUUCCGCCGCUUAAGCCGCCCAUGCUUUUUACCGCCGAAUUAUCGUUGCCGUUUUUCCCUCCCCCUUCUUAACAGAAUGUUCCGUUGUUUCCCACGAUAUUCCUUCCUCAAGCGACUCCUGGUUAUCGGACAUGGUUUGGUUGCGCCGUCUAUCCUUGCCUCGGAAUUUAGUUAAACAGUAUACAGUAUAAUAAAUAGUUUUUUCAUUCGAAUCUAGAUCCAUUAAACAGGGGGUGAAAAGUAGAGAGAUGUAAAAUUAUCUAUAUAAUCUCUACACAACAACCCUCACGAGGGCAGAGAGUAUGAAAACCUUAGGCAGUUACUUUAUAUGUAUGGUACGACUAUUUCCACAAACUCGCUGAAAAUCCGAAGCUGCUAUUAUUUCAGUUUAUCCCCUCUUACUUUCUUGAACAAAACCUUCGCCAUCUUCUCCUCCCGCCAAUACCAAACAGUCGCCGCCGUUGCCCCAGGUCCAACAGCAACAGUACCCAUCAUAAUGGCCCCAACCGCCACGCCUAUGUUAACCCGUGCCCUGCCAACACGAUUCAUAUCCCACACGGCUAGAACGCACCAGACCGUUGUAGCGAUCCAGAAGACCCCAAAGUCCACAAGCCAGAGGGUGCGGGUACGCGUCUCAGGCACAGAGGGAAGUUCCAAACUGCCGAUGGCGAGUGGGAUGAAGAUAUCCACGAUGGAUAUGCCUGGAUAACUAGGCGCGAGCGCCGCGGAGAGGGUAAAGAAAUGUGUUAACGCGGCAACAUUGAAGACCAAAAGGUAGACGCGGUUCAGGAAUGGAAGGUCUGGCAUGGGUUUAUCUGCCGGUGGAGUUCGAGGGCUGUCCGGGUAGCCUUUGGCGUAUACUGUGGAAAGAAGGCUGAGGAUGAUGUUGACGUAUAUAGGGGCUGGUUUCCAGAUUAGGGACAUGACUUCAGCGAGGCGGCGGCCCGAGUAUCCGUGAUAUGAAAAUAAGAGGGUAGGUAGGAGGUAGCCGAGUAGGAGUGCUGGGAGCAGUGCCUUCGCGUAGGAUGUUGGAACUUGACGGGAGACUGGCCACCAGUAAUUCGUGUUUGAUGAUGUUAGAAUGUAUGCUAUAUAGUACAGGGGCCCAAUAAUGGCAAUGCCAAAGACUUGAUAUAGGAUGGCCC